AAUAUUACUGUAGGUGAGGAUUGUCUGGAUUGGUGCGCGCAGCUAUCACACAAAUUCUCCGUCACUCUUGCUUUAGUUUGCGGGUUAAUCUCUAUGCAUCCUCACUGUGUGCAACCGAGAUGACAUGAGCAACCAGCAGUUUACACAGAGCAACAGUUGACAAUGUGAUCAUACAAAAUAAAAACAACAACAACAACAUGUAAAAACUCGAAGCUUCCAACUUUCGCUUUGGUUGAGGAGAGGGACGGGGUCUUCUGCUAUUUGAUAUUCGUAUUCUUGGAAAGAGGUGCCCUUUUUUGUCGGACGCGAAAACUCCUCUCAAUCAUGCAGCAGUCAUUUUGAUCAUCACGGCCCCCCCGAGAACCGUGAGAACCCAAGUUCACCGCCCUCGCCACGAACUUCAGCUCUCUGAGCAAAGGCGCAAACGGGACAUCUGGAGAUCUUUUACGCACAGAGGUGAGGCGCAACGGCGACACGCUGCAUGCAACACCAAUGCAUAGACGUGCAUAUAAACUCUCGCCAGACUAAAAAUACCUUUUCUAGAAUUAUUUAAUGAAAUUGUUAUAUUUUCUUCCUGCAUCCGCUCCUGGUUUCGUGUGAUACGUCCGAAACGACCCGAUUGUAAGACUAUUGGCUAUAACAAACCGAUCUGUAACCACUCGCCAUGGAAGCGAAUCUAAGUAACUUGAGCGUGCUGAACUGGGAGCAGGUGAAGCGUCUGGAUGUGAUCCUGACCGAAUCCAUCCCCAUUCACGGCAAAUGGAACUUCCCCACUUUGGAGAUGAAACCUCGGGAUAUCGUCAAAGUCGUGCGGAGUCGCAUGGAAGAGCUCAAGAUUCACGUCCGGGAGGUCCGGCUGAACGGUUCCGCGGCCAGUCACGUUCUCCACGAGGACAGUGGUUUGGGCUACAAGGACCUGGACCUCAUAUUUUGCGCAGAUAUGAAAGGAGAAGUGGAGUUUCAGACCGUCAAGGAUAUCGUUCUGGACUCCCUUCUGGAUUUCCUGCCUGAAGGAGUGAAUAAAGAGAAAAUCACCCCAGCUACAUUAAAGGAGGCUUAUGUGCAAAAGAUGGUGAAAGUGUUUAAUGAUUCAGACCGUUGGAGUCUAAUCUCCCUCUCCAACAACAGCGGGAAGAACGUCGAACUGAAGUUUGUGGAUUCCCUGCGGCGUCAAUUUGAGUUCAGCGUUGACUCUUUCCAGAUCCGUCUGGACUCCCUCCUCCUCUUCUACGGGUGCUCUGAAAACCCCAUGGCUGAGACAUUCCACCCCUCCAUCGUGGGAGAGAGCGUUUACGGAGACUUUAAUGUAGCCUUGGACCACCUGCAGCGGAAACUGAUCUGCACGCGAAAUCCAGAAGAGAUCCGGGGCGGCGGCUUGCUGAAGUACUGCCACCUGUUGGUGCGAGGUUUCCGUGCGGCUUCGGAAGUCCAGAUGAAGCUUCUCGAACGCUACAUGUGUUCCCGGUUCUUCAUCGACUUCUCUGAUGUGGCGGAACAAAGGCGCAAGUUAGAGUCGUAUCUGCAGAAUCACUUUGUGGGAUUAGAGGACCGGAAGUAUGAGUACCUGACCACGCUGUACAGUGUUGUUAAUGAAAGUACAGUAUGCUUGAUGGGACAUGAAAGGCGACAGACUCUGAGCCUCAUCACCAUGCUGGCAGUACGUGUUCUGGCAGAGCAGAAUGUUAUUCCCAAUGUGGCUAAUGUCACUUGCUAUUACCAGCCUGCACCGUACAUUGCGGAUGGCAACUUUAGCAAUUACUACGUUGCUCAGGUGCAGCCAGUCUAUGCCUGCCAGCCCACCCACACAUUCUCGCCAUGGUUGCCCUGUAACUGAUCGACUGUUAACUCACCUUUUGUCCAACAUGUCUAAUCAGAGCACUCGCCCAGUGAGACCAGUUGUCAAGUCUGUAUUUGUGUGCUCUACAACAUGAGGAAAACCCAAGACUUUCCCGAUUUGCUGUUGCCUGCUUGCUGCAAGGAGAAACUACGAUCACGCCGGGUGAGGUAACUUGGAUUUGUUCCAAACGGGCAGCACACUCUACCUAGGCUUUUCAUGGCUAUCUGCCAGUCCUACAAAAGCACAACACUGGCUGAGAGGAAACACCAUGGAAACUCUAUGAAGAGCGUCUGAGUAAUACAGACACAAAAGGAACUAUCUUUGUGUUUGUGUACAUAUGGGUGUAAUAGACAUACUUGAAGAAUCAAAGGUAUACCAUAUAAUGUGUUGAAAGGGCAGACAGAUUAGCAAGAUAACUUUUUUUGAUGCUCAUUACUCAUGCUAUCAGACUGAAAUCAAUGGACACUUUUCUCGAGCCAAGGAUAUUCACAUAGAUACCAGAUACCCAAAACAGAUUAUCAGUUAAGUGCCUUAAAGUGAAAAAUUAAAGUCACUCUGUGAAUGACCCUGAAGUAUUUUAGUCAAGACGAGUGAAGGUAACAUACAAUAGCAAAUGGAUGAUGAAUUUUGAAGGCCACUUAAUCAUGAACUUCCAACAGAUAGUUGUAAGACCUAUUUCUAAUAAUUUAUUAAUUUCGGGGUGGGGGGAGGGGUUGGGGGUCCAUAUGAAAGUGUUGCAUAAGAGCCAUUUUUCCAUCCGAGGCACUGGCAAGAUUCGUAUGUCAGUGUGUAGGAUUGUACAUGAGAGUUUUCCACAGCUUCUUGUCUCAUCUAAACUGACCUCAGUGUACUGUUGGCUCAGUGCUGGCUUAGCUCAGAUUAAAAUUUCCAGGGCAAUGCCAUUACAUCUAAGGCAGAGAAGUAAAACAGGUCGUGGCUGUACAGGAAGAAAAUUAAUGAAAGUUGGUUAAGUCCAAAUUGUUGUUGUUAUAUGUGGCAUCUUUCUGAAGGCCUAAUUAUCACAGCCACCAAAUCCACAGAUUAUACCUUUGACACAUCUGACCUGCAUAACCUGGGGGAUUAAGACCAACAGAGAUACAACAGUGAGAAGCAGAAGCUCAUUUAAGGGAAGCAGAACAUAUACCAAAGAUAUUCUUGAUGUUCCUCAAGAUUGUGAAGCAACAAUAUUUGACGUAAAAGCAUCUUCAUACUGUUGGAACUUAAUGCAACACAAUCCCCCACUUGAAUUAUUCCAUGAAGUCUGAAACUGAGUGCUCUGAAAUAUGUCAAGGUCCUGUCCCCAAUGCUCUCAAGUCCACACUUUGGCAACGCAAUGCUGCAUAGCCUGUCCAGUAGUAGUCCUAGGGUGCAGACUGGGCAAAAGGGGGACAUUAGGGGCACUUAGGUGCACACUUUAGAAUCUAAAAAAAAUGGGACACCCUAAGGUCACAUGCAUGCAGUUGCCGUAUGUUAAGGCCCUGUCCCAAAUGCUCCCCUAAGGCUUUGUGGUCCACAGCCAAGUCUACACUUCAGUGAUGCAAUGCUGCAUAGAUUGUCCAAAGGUGUGGAAUGAGGAAAAGUGGGGCAUUAGGGGCACUCAGGAGCACCUUUCAGAAAAAGAAAAAAAAGGGGGACACCCUACGGUCACAUGCAUGCAAUGGCUGCAUGUUAAGGCCUUGUUCUAAAUGUUCCCCUAAGCCCUUGUAGUCCUCAGCUGAGCCUACACUCUGGUGAUACAAUGUUGCAUAGACUGUCCAGUAGUAGGCCAAAGGUGCGUACUGAGCAAAAAAAGGGGGGGGGGGGCAUUAAGGGCACUCAGGAGCACUGUUCAGAAACAAAAAAAUUGACACUCUAUGGUCACAUGCAUGCGAUGGUUGUCAAAAGUCUGCAGGACUGCAAGUUGGAACAGGGCCUGAGUACAUGUGACAUGUUCUUAUGGAUGAAUUCUCAUUAACUGAUCAUACAGAGAUAGACACUUUCCUCCCAUAUGCUCACUCACAUAUAAUCAUAUCUCUUAUUUUUCUACUGAUCCUUCUAUUUUUGUACGUUUUGAUGUUUGUGCUAAGGUCUUGAUUAGGACCUUACUCUAAUGCUGUGAAAAGUACUGUUGUGUUUUAUGUGUCGAAAGACCCGACCAAGCAUUAGUGCAGCAAAUUCUCAACAACAGUUGGUGUUAAUUUCAUUUUGAGUUAUUACAUUUGGGUGCCCACACAAGUGUGUAUGUCUCAGACUGUGUGUUUUAUCUUCUAAAUUAAACUUAUAUGUGAAUUCAGCUGCGAAAUUCUGAGCUCACUGCUGUCAAUAUUGCGAUGCAUCAUGUAUUUGCAAACAUGAAUGACUCAUUAAAUGGUGUUUUUUUUUUUAAAAAUACGUUGCCUCUGUGAUGUUUGUUAGCAACAAAAUGUCACACACAAGUCACUAUUUAACCCUGAUCUCAUGUUGUUGGUCUAUAGAUUAUCUCUUCCUGUUGUGUAGUUUUAACAAAACCAAUAAAAGUAUGAUAUUCACACCCUGCU